CUGGAUAUGGCUCAGCUGCUGAAAGAGCUUUCUGCUCAAGCAUGAGGCCUCAGAAGUCUUCAGAUGGUCUGGGCUGGAGUCCUAGAGCUCACAUAAAAAGCUGGGCAUGGCCACACAUGUCUCUAACCCCAGUUUGUGGGAAGUAGAGACUGGAGAAUCACUGGAGCUGGCUAACCUAAAACCCUGCAGCUCCGGAUUGAGGGAGAAAUUCCAUCUCAAGGAAACACACAGGUUACCUAGGGUAUGAUAAUACAGACUUGGAAACUCUGAAAGAACUUAGAAUCAGCAUUUUGAGAGCAGAAGCUUGGGCACGCUGUGACUUUCCAAUAAACUGUCACAAUGUCAAAAUGCAGUUCAGACAACAGCAGCACAGAGGUUGCAGACAUUAAGACGUAAGCUGAGCUAGAACAAAAUGCAAUGAAAGAAACGCUGGAUGAAUGAAAAGCCCUGCUUUGCAACCCCUCAGCAUGGCAGGCCUGCAGCUCAUGACCCCUGCUUCCUCACCAAUGGGUCCUUUCUUUGGACUGCCAUGGCAACAAGAAGCAAUUCAUGAUAACAUUUAUACGCCAAGAAAAUAUCAGGUGGAACUGCUCGAGGCAGCUCUGGACCACAACACCAUCGUCUGCUUCAACACUGGCUCAGGGAAGACAUUCAUUGCAGUGCUACUCACUAAGGAGCUGUCCUACCAGGUCAGGGGAGACCUCAGCCAGAAUGGAAAAAGGACGGUGUUCUUGGUCAACUCUGCCAACCAAGUUGCUCAGCAAGUGUCAGCUGUCAGAACGCACUCGGAUCUCAAGGUUGGGGAGUACUCAAACCUAGACGUGAAUGCAUCGUGGACAAGAGAGAGGUGGAACCAAGAGUUUUCCAAGCAUCAGGUUCUCAUUAUGACUUGCUCUGUCGCCUUGAAUGUUUUGAAAAAUGGUUACUUAUCACUGUCAGACAUUAACCUUUUGGUGUUUGAUGAGUGUCACCUUGCAAUUCUAGACCACCCCUACCGGGAAAUUAUGAAGCUCUGCGAAAGUUGUCCAGCAUGUCCUCGCAUCUUGGGGCUAACAGCUUCCAUUUUAAAUGGGAAAUGUGAUCCAGAAGAAUUGGAAGAAAAGAUUCAGAAACUGGAGCAAAUUCUUAAGAGUAAUGCUGAAACAGCAACUGACUUGGUGGUCUUGGAUAGAUAUGCUUCUCAGCCAUGUGAGAUUGUAGUAGAUUGUGGACCAUUUAUUGACCGAAGUGGGCUUUAUGAAAGACUGCUGAUGGAAUUAGAAGAAGCCCUUAAUUUUAUCAACGACUGUAAUGUAUCUGUACAUUCAAGAGAAAGAGAUUCUACUUUAAUUUCUAAACAGAUACUGUCAGACUGCCGUGCAGUGUUGGUGGUUCUGGGGCCCUGGUGUGCAGAUAAGGUAGCUGGAAUGAUGGUGAGAGAGCUGCAGAAAUACAUCAGGCAUGAGCAAGAGGAGCUGCACAGGAAAUUUUUAUUGUUUACAGACACUUUCCUACGGAAAAUACAUGCACUAUGUGAAGAGCACUUCUCACCUGCCUCACUUGACCUGAAAUUUGUAACUCCCAAAGUCAUAAAACUACUCGAAAUCUUGCGCAAAUAUAAACCGUAUGAGCGACAGCAGUUUGAAAGUGUUGAGUGGUAUAAUAAUAGGAAUCAGGACAAUUACGUGUCUUGGAGUGAUUCUGAAGAUGAUGAUGAGGAUGAAGAAAUUGAAGAGAAAGAAAAGCCAGAAACAAAUUUUCCUUCUCCUUUUACCAAUAUUCUAUGUGGAAUUAUUUUUGUGGAAAGAAGAUACACAGCAGUUGUGCUGAACAGAUUGAUAAAGGAAGCUGGCAAACAAGAUCCUGAGCUGGCUUAUAUCAGCAGCAACUUCAUAACCGGACAUGGCAUUGGAAAGAGCCAGCCUCGUAGCAAACAGAUGGAGGCCGAGUUCAGGAAGCAGGAAGAGGUACUUAGGAAAUUUCGAGCACAUGAGACCAACCUGCUCAUUGCAACAAGUAUUGUAGAAGAGGGUGUUGAUAUACCAAAAUGCAACUUGGUGGUUCGUUUUGAUUUGCCCACAGAGUAUCGAUCCUAUGUUCAGUCUAAGGGAAGAGCAAGAGCCCCGAUCUCUAACUAUGUCAUGCUGGCAGACACAGACAAAAUACAAAGCUUCCAGGAAGACCUUAAAACCUACAAGGCUAUAGAAAAGAUCUUGAGAAAUAAAUGUUCCAAGUCAGUGGAUGGCGGCGAGGCUGACGUGGAUGCUGUUGUGGAUGAUGAUGAUGUUUUCCCGCCAUAUGUGCUAAGGCCUGAUGAUGGGGGCCCACGAGUCACAAUCAACACAGCAAUUGGACAUGUCAAUCGAUACUGUGCUCGAUUACCAAGUGAUCCAUUUACUCAUCUGGCUCCCAAAUGUAGAACCCGAGAGUUGCCUGAUGGUACAUUUUAUUCAACUCUUUAUCUUCCGAUUAACUCACCUCUGCGAGCCUCCAUUGUUGGCCCACCAAUGGGCUGUGUACGAUUGGCAGAAAGAGUUGUAGCUCUCAUUUGCUGUGAAAAACUGCACAAAAUUGGCGAGCUGGAUGAGCAUUUAAUGCCCGUUGGGAAAGAGACUGUUAAAUAUGAAGAGGAGCUUGACUUACAUGAUGAAGAGGAGACCAGUGUUCCAGGAAGACCAGGGUCCACAAAGCGAAGGCAGUGCUACCUGAAAGCAAUUCCAGAGUGCUUGAGGGAUAGUUAUCCCAAGCCUGAUCAGCCCUGUUACCUAUAUGUAAUUGGAAUGGUCUUAACUACCCCACUCCCUGAUGAACUCAACUUCAGGAGGCGGAAGCUGUACCCUCCUGAAGAUACGACACGAUGCUUUGGAAUACUGACAGCCAAACCCAUACCUCAGAUUCCACACUUUCCUGUAUAUACGCGCUCUGGAGAAGUGACAAUAUCCAUUGAGUUGAAGAAAUCUGGUUUCACAUUGUCUCUCCAAAUGCUUGACUUGAUUACAAGACUUCACCAGUAUAUAUUCUCACACAUUCUUCGGCUUGAAAAGCCUGCACUAGAAUUUAAACCUACAGAUGCUGAUUCAGCAUACUGUGUUCUACCUCUUAAUGUUGUUCAUGACUCCAGCACUUUGGACAUUGACUUUAAAUUCAUGGAAGAUAUUGAAAAAUCUGAAGCUCGCAUAGGUAUUCCCAGUACAAAGUAUUCAAAAGAAACACCUUUUGUUUUUAAGUUAGAAGAUUACCAGGAUGCAGUUAUCAUUCCAAGAUACCGCAAUUUUGAUCAGCCUCAUCGAUUUUAUGUAGCUGAUGUGUAUACAGAUCUUACUCCACUCAGUAAAUUUCCUUCUCCUGAGUAUGAAACAUUUGCAGAAUAUUAUAAAACAAAGUAUAACCUUGACCUGACCAAUCUCAACCAGCCAUUGCUGGAUGUGGAUCACACAUCUUCCAGAUUGAAUCUUCUGACCCCUCGACAUUUGAAUCAGAAGGGGAAAGCUCUUCCUUUAAGCAGUGCUGAGAAGAGGAAAGCCAAGUGGGAAAGUCUGCAAAAUAAGCAGAUACUGGUUCCAGAACUCUGUGCUAUACACCCAAUCCCUGCGUCACUGUGGAGGAAAGCAGUCUGUCUCCCUAGCAUACUAUAUCGCCUUCACUGCCUUUUGACUGCGGAGGAGCUACGAGCCCAGACGGCCAGUGACGCCGGUGUGGGAGUCAGAUCACUUCCUGCUGAUUUUAGAUACCCUAACUUAGACUUCGGGUGGAAAAAAUCUAUUGACAGCAAGUCUUUCAUCUCAGUUUCUAACUCCUCUUUGGCUGACAAUGAUAAUUACUGUAAACACAGCACAAUUGUAGUCCCUGAAAAUGCUGCACAUGAAGGUGCUAAUAGACCCUCCUUAGAGAAUCAUGACCAAAUGUCUGUGAACUGCAGAGUGUUAUCCAGCGAACCUUCAGGGGAGCUCCAAAUGGACGUGUCAAUGGAUCUUAAAGUAAUGAAUGGUCUCUCUGACAAUAAGCAUCUUGCUAAUGGCAGUUACAACUUAGCUAACAGAGACUUUUGCCAAGGAAAUCAGCUGAAUUGCUACAAGCAGGAAAUACCUGUACAACCAACUACCUCAUAUCCCAUUCAGAAUUUAUAUAAUUAUGAGAACCAGCCCAAGCCCAGCGAUGAAUGUACUCUCCUGAGUAAUAAAUACCUUGAUGGAAUUGCUAACAAACCUACCUCAGUUGGAAGUCCCACGGUGUCCACCAGGCCUGGUACGACAGAAGCUGUCCGAGCACUCCAGGACGGGAAGGGCUCUCAGCAGAGUCCUGCCAGCGGACGCUCCUCAAGGACUCUCGGCCCCAACCCUGGGCUGAUUCUUCAGGCUUUGACUCUGUCAAAUGCUAGUGAUGGGUUUAACCUGGAGCGGCUUGAAAUGCUUGGUGACUCCUUUUUAAAGCAUGCCAUCACCACAUACCUGUUUUGCACUUACCCCGAUGCCCAUGAGGGCCGCCUUUCAUAUAUGAGAAGCAAAAAGGUCAGCAAUUGUAACCUGUAUCGCCUUGGCAAGAAGAAGGGACUACCCAGCCGCAUGGUGGUGUCUAUAUUUGAUCCCCCUGUGAAUUGGCUUCCUCCUGGCUAUGUGGUAAAUCAAGACAAAACUAACACAGACAAAUGGGAAAAGGAUGAAAUGACAAAAGACUGCAUGCUGGCUAAUGGCAAACUGGGCGAGGACUGUGAGGACUGUGAGGACGAGGAGGAGGACGGCCUGACCUGGAGGGCUCCCAAAGAGGAGCCCGAGUCUGAGGAUGACUUCCUGGAGUACGACCAGGAACACAUCCGCUUCAUAGAUAACGUGCUAAUGGGGUCAGGAGCUUUUGUAAGGAAAAUUUCUCUCUCCCCUUUUGCGACCACUGAGUCUGCAUAUGAGUGGAAGAUGCCCCCAAAGUCCUCCUUAGGUAGCAUGCCAUUCUCGUCUGACCUGGACGAUUUUGACUACAGCUCUUGGGAUGCAAUGUGCUAUCUGGAUCCCAGCAAAGCUGUGGAAGAGGAUGACUUCGUGGUGGGCUUCUGGAAUCCGUCAGAAGAAAACUGUGGCGUUGACACGGGAAAACAGUCCAUUUCUUACGACUUGCACACGGAGCAGUGCAUUGCUGACAAAAGCAUAGCCGACUGCGUGGAGGCCCUGCUGGGCUGCUACUUAACCAGCUGCGGCGAGAGGGCUGCUCAGCUCUUCCUCUGCUCGCUGGGGCUGAAGGUGCUCCCGCUCAUUAAGAGGACCGCUCGGGAAAAGGCCCCGGGCCCUGCUCGGGAGAACCUCAGCAGCCAACAAAGGAGCCUUUCAGGGGGCUGCUCCUCCGCGGCCACAGGCCCCCGCUUCUCUGCCGGGAAAGACUUGGAGUACGGCUGGUUGAAGAUCCCACCGAGGUGCAUGUUUGACCAUCCAGAUGCAGAGAGGACCCUGAAUCACCUUAUAUCAGGGUUUGACAAUUUUGAGAAGAAAAUUAACUACAGAUUCAAGAAUAAGGCUUACCUUCUGCAGGCUUUUACACACGCCUCCUACCACUACAACACCAUCACUGAUUGUUACCAGCGCUUAGAAUUCCUGGGAGAUGCGAUUUUGGACUACCUCAUAACCAAGCACCUUUAUGAAGACCCACGGCAGCACUCCCCAGGGGUUCUGACUGACCUGCGCUCUGCUCUGGUCAACAACACCAUCUUUGCAUCACUGGCUGUGAAGUAUGACUACCACAAGUACUUUAAGGCUGUUUCUCCUGAGCUUUUCCACGUCAUUGAUGACUUUGUGCAGUUUCAGCUUGAAAAGAACGAGAUGCAAGGGAUGGACUCUGAGCUUAGGAGAUCCGAGGAGGAUGAAGAGAAAGAAGAGGACAUCGAGGUUCCAAAGGCCAUGGGAGAUAUUUUUGAGUCUCUUGCUGGUGCCAUAUAUAUGGACAGUGGGAUGUCCCUGGAGGUGGUGUGGCAAGUGUACUAUCCCAUGAUGCGACCGCUCAUAGAAAAGUUCUCUGCAAAUGUGCCCCGUUCUCCAGUGCGAGAACUGCUUGAAAUGGAACCAGAAACAGCCAAAUUUAGCCCGGCAGAGAGGACGUACGAUGGGAAGGUCAGAGUCACGGUGGAAGUAGUGGGCAAGGGGAAAUUUAAAGGUGUUGGCCGGAGUUACAGGAUCGCCAAAUCUGCAGCAGCCAGAAGAGCCCUCCGCAGCCUCAAAGCCAACCAGCCUCAGGUUUCCGGCAGCUGAGCCCCGCGCCACUCAGCGGACGACACAGUGAGGCAGCGUGAAGGAAGGGGAAAUACUUCAAUCUAAAAAGGAUGACUUAAAGUUGACAUUGAACGGAACAAAUUGAAGGCAGAAUUUAAAGUUUGAUAACAAGAUAGAUAACAGAAUAAAACAUUUAACAUGUAUAAAUUUUUGGAACUAAUUGUAGUUUAGUUUUUUGCGCAAACACAAUCUUGUCUUCUUCCCCUGCGUCUGCUUUGUUUAAAUCACAAGAGUGCUUUAAUGACGACGCUUAGCAGGUGUUUGAAGUAAUGAUUGACAGGAGCUUUUGCUUGUUUUGGUUGUCUGUACUUAAUUUCUGUCGGCUUUGCUUGGAGAUAGGAGGCCGUGGAGCUGCAGCCUCCAGUUGUCCCUAGGCUGGGUGGUCUCUCCCCCUCAGUGUGUGCAGGGGAGCCAGCCCCACGGCAGUUGGUGAGCGAAGUGGUUUGCAAGGGGUGGCGCCCAUGCUGUCCGAGUUUCCCCCGUCAUGUGUGUGGGUGACGCUCCCACUUCUGCUGCACUUAGUAAUCAUAAGGGACAGAUGUGAGUCGCCAUGAGCUGGCGUGUUGAGUUACAUUUGAGAUUUCUGCAUAAGAAAAGGUUCUUGCCUUAAAAGUAAAAACUUCAUGUUCAUGUCUCAUCUUUUUUGGAGCAAGUCAUUUGUAUUUCCUUAUUUUCAUUAUGCAUUAGGUAUUGAGACUGGGUGGUAUUUAUAGUUCACUAAUACAGUUGUAACUUAUUACAGGACUAUAGUAGAAUUUCUGUCACACGUGUACUGAAGAUACUGAAACCCAGAGAAUGUAGUUUAUGGAUUUUUUUAACAUCAUGAUGAAAAUAAUCUUUAGCUAAAUUUCCAAUUUCCUAAAAACCUCCUGCUGGUAGUUCCACUGGUGAAAACGUUUGUGGCAAACUAUUUUGCCCUGUAGGCUGUUGCUCUGACAAAGUACCCUUAGACAUGUCACACCAAAAGUGGGCUGCAAAUCUUAUACCUGCCUGGCAGGCCACACUUUAGAGAAGCAAAGCAGCACCGCCCCCUGUCUCUGCCCCGCGCCCCGCACCCCGCGCCCACGUCCGUGCCCACAUCCGCGCAUCUCCUACCAAAGUCGUGGUGUCAGUGCGUGCACCUUGACGCUGGCCAGGAGCCGCCAGUGCUUUGAUGCGUCUGGGACUCAAGGCAUUAAUUUAGAUAAACUAGGUCAUGAUUUCCAUCUUGGGAUUAAAAUAAACAAAACAUGUUUAGGCAUUUGCCUAAGUUCCUUUAAUUAGAGUUGUAGGCACUCUUCACUUAAAUACCUCAGUUUUUCUUUUCUUUUGCAUGCAUUUUCCCUCUGUUUGGUGCUAUGUUUAUGUAUUAUGCUUGAAAUUAAAUUUUUUUUUUUUUGCACUGUAACUAUAAUACCUCUUAAUUUACCUUUUUUAAUGCCAUGGGUUGGUUGUGCCUGCCCAUCAACAUACCUGAGAGGUUUGCUGCAGUUUGCCCAUUCAUUAUGCUUGAAAUGUGCGAAAGCCGAGCGAGCCAGGCGGCUCCUGCUCUCCAGGACACUGCACUUAAUUGUGCAAAUGGAGUUGUUCACCCGUAGGAGACGCCUCUGUGCACACGUGUGAGCGCAGAAGCUGGUAGCCUGCUUGCGAGGAACUCGGGGAAGGGCAUACCGCCCUUCUCCACCUUUUCUUGUUGCCUCCGAUCUUAACCUAAACGAUUAAAUUGUGAAGUGAGUUGUUUUUAUGGAGUUAACCUAUUCAGAUUUGGAAUUACACUUGUCUGAUUUAGAUCAAAAUAAUGUGAGGCAUCAGGGCAAGUUAAAGCCAGCAGUUUUGUGAGUUUGUAAGUGUAAGCACAUACAGUUAUCCAGAAACCUAGGUGGGCUGUGGGAGGGCAUUGUGUCUGCAUCUCAGAUCCUUGCCUGUGUAAACUGCCUGAUGCUGUAUGUGUCUGGGGCACGGUUCCUGCGCCUAGGAAGUCUCCAGCCUCAGCACCAAUGUGAACUUGUUUCCCUUACACUCCUGGUGAGAGGGCCUGCCUCAGUGGACUUGUAAACCUUGGGAAGAGCACUGUUGUUAGUAUUUAAAAGUUCAGUUUGGAUAUGACUAGCUCAUCCAUUCUCAGGGCUUCAGAUUUCCUGCUACCAUUCAAAAUGUUUUUAUCAAUAGUACACUUUAGCUAUUUCACUUUUUUCCUGGUGGAGAAAAAUAGCUGAUAUUAAUUUGACUCAGUUCGAAGCAUUUUAUGGUCCCCUGGUGAUGAAGUUAAGAAUAAAGAGUAUGAGUUACAUAUGAAUGGGCAGGAACGCUUUCAUGCUGCUGAGCAUUAGCUGCCAAGUUUCCCCAGCUUUGUUGUUGAAAUGUUCUGCAUCUGUCACAAGGAAAGCUGCUCUGUCCCCCACUGCCGGCUGUGUGUGAGCCCUCGCGUGCCUGUGAUUGUGCGUGAGGCUGGGUGGAAGGUGGAGGCUGGCUC